AUGAUGUUCGAGGACACUGAUGUCGAAGUGCCAAUGCCAAAUGUAGACCUUCGUACUUCAACAAAUGGUGCAAAAGGAAGUACUAAAAAAUCAAGCAACUAUACUUGUAAGGAGGACAUUCAAUUGUGCAUUUCAUGGCAGAGCAUUAGCUCAGAUCCUAUUAUUGGCAAUGAGCAACCAGGGAAGGCAUAUUUGAAGAGGAUCACAGAGCACUGCCAUGCUAACCGUGAUUAUGAGUCUGUCGGUAAUAUGGGCCCGGGGGUACGCAAGAUAGAGGGAAAGGAUCUUCCCGUUCUUGAAGCUGAGGCAUUGUACUCUUUCAAUGCACCAAAGAACAGGGCAUUUCAAUUUAAUCAUUGUUGGUUCAAGUUGAGGAAUUCUCCAAAGUUUCAAACACUAGAAUCCCACAAGAAGCCAAGGUCUAGGAAGUCUUCGACACCAAUUGAGAGAGUUGAUGAAGAAAAUGAAGAAGGAGAUGAUGCUAGCAAGAGUACAAAUCUUGAUUUAUCACAGGCGAGUGCUAAAAAGAGACCAAUAUGUAGGAAGCAAGCAAAGGAGAAGUUGAAGAAUGGAGGAGAAGAUGGACCAUACAGGGAGGCAAUGAAAGAUUUGCUUGACGCCAAAGAGAAAGAAGCAAAAUUGAAAGAAGAGAGAUGGAAGAAAACUAAGGAGAUUCAAGAGCGCAAGCUCCUAUUUGCUGAACGUAAGUUAGUGUGGGAUCAACAACAUAAGAUCAUGUUUUUUGAUGUUUCCACCUUGGCUAUGAGGGCACAUAUUGUAGCUUCAAAUGUGGCUGCCCUCAAUGAUGGAUUUGAUGGGAGUAGUGGCUUUGGAGGUGAGUUUGGUGGCGGUAAUGGAGAGAGUUUGAGCACUUCGAUGGAAUAA